UUCGUUUUACUCCUCAUUGCGCCGAUUGCAAUCGAGUGAAUUGGAGGAAAGUGAUAACUACUCAAAAAUACUUAGUGAUAAUUUCGAAGAGCUUACCGCUUUGUACAGUAUGGAAUUCAGUAGCAGCAACAGUCCAUCAACAUCUUCGACAUCGUUGGAAAGUCAACCGGAAAUUGUUGGUUUUCAAGCCGAUGAGAGUUUUGUGAAUAACUUCGAUUUUGGUUAUACAGUUGAGAACACACGCCAAGUUACUUGCCUCAGCGCCGAUCCUAAACGCUGGUCUUCACUAUCCAGUCCACAGUUUUACACCAAUGAUUCCUGCACAGCUGCAACCGUCGAAAGUUCGAAACAUAUGAAAGCUCAUUAUAAAUCGACGCAUCGAAUUGGUGCCCUAAAGCCUGCGCCGUCCACUCAGCAUCGUUUCAAUACACUUUCCGGCUUUUCAACGCGGUCUACCGAUUGUGGUCCACAGGAUAUUGUAAAGAAACGUCGCCUAGCCGCCAAUGCACGUGAACGCCGACGCAUGAAUAGUUUGAAUGAUGCUUUCGAUAAACUGCGAGAUGUUGUACCAUCGUUGGGAAAUGAUCGUCGACUCUCGAAGUACGAAACACUGCAAAUGGCACAAGCCUAUAUUGGUGAUUUGGUUAAGUUGCUGACGCGCGAUUAUUAAAUUUUUUUGUUGUUUAAGAUAACUUAU